GUUUUUGGACGCGAAAAAUUUCAAAGACUAUAGUCUUCUGUGUUCGUCACUCUGAAAAAUGCAUCCAAAGGCAUCGAAAAAUUUGCAAAGACUACAGACUACAAUAAUUACAGUUAUACUCAUGUUGAUUUUCUACUCUUGAUAUUUGUAUUUCUACCUUUUUUUCAGAAAGCUGAUCGAAGUCGAGGUCUAAGAAUCUCCCUUAUUGCAAUCUUAGUGAACGGCGGUUUCUCAUCAAAUUACCCAAUUACCAGCGGUUUCAGUACGAAUUCACAAGUCAUCCGAUUUCUUGAACUCUGUAUUUCCAUCGAAGAUAUUCAUAUUUUGAACCCAGUAUCCAAUGCAAGGUUAUUGCAACACAACGAUCUAUCGUUCAUUCGGAUCGAAAAAUCCAUGCCGAUGAGAUGUACAUACGUUGGUUUAAAUAUAUAUAGAUUGCGAUAAAUCGAUGCGUUCGUUGUGAUCUAACAAUAAGAUAUUACCUAAAUGCAGAAACUGAAAGCAUGAAAUUGAUGAAAUCACUAGGAUUCAUUGAUCCGUGAAUUACAGAAGACUUUAUAAACCCAGCUAAGGUAAGCAGACCGUUUAGUGAGUCGAGAUCUCUCAAAGAAAUCGGUUACCAACUCCGCUGAUCGAAGAAGACUGUAAUGAAUCUACAGAAAUGCGUUGUAAUCGUAUCUACGGUGAUAUUGAGCUGUUCGUCCAGUUUUCAAUUUGAAGAGCUGGGAGGAGACAAACCCAAGAGAUCGGAGCCUUUCACCCGCCAUAAAAUGGUCCGUUGCUUCGACGAGAACGUCAAGAUCCUCGGUCCGAAAAAUUUCGAAGUUGAAAAGCACAAUACAAACGAAGAGACGAAGAUGUCGAUAACGCGGCAAAAAAGAGGCGCGGGUUGCGUGAUCGAGACAAUUCACAUCGACGAGGAAAAUCCUGGCGUUAAAAAAAAUCAUCCCCGCAUAGAGCACGUCCGGGAUAAUUAUCCCGACAAGAAAAAUUUCAACCCGAAAAAUCCGUCCGAUCCUUUGGAAAAGAAUUUCAACACUCGCCGUUAUUUCUCCGACGAAAUCGAAGUUUCUUCCCGCAACGAAAUGAGCGGUGAUAAUUCGUCGCCAGUUAUUCCGAAUUUACCGUCGAUACCGCACAUCGGUCACGAGGCGACUUUUCCGAUAGACGAUCGAUCCGGUCGGGAUAAAGUUGGACCGGACACCGUCGUGGACGGGGAAUUCGACGGGGAUGGAGAACCGGAGUUACGUCCGUUGGAAAAAACGAUAUCGUUCAAAACGAAUACUCGUAGGCAGGAGACCGUCGAUCAAACUGGAUUUCUGCGAGAGAAAACCAACGGAUAUCCCAUAAGGAGUAACGAAAAGUGGAGGGAUAAAUUCAAAGAGAUCCCCUAUAGAGUGGACGAGAACGGACGCGUCGUAGACACAUCAGGAGCUUCGAAUUUUUACGAUAUCAAUUUAAUUUCUGUUAAAAUCGCUAUCGCUUUCAUCGUGCGCUACGCAAUCUAUGGCAUAAUUUUAUAAUCCCAGUUCUCGUUACUCCGACAGAAAUAAAGAAAACGUUGAUAACAAUAAUAUUAAUAAUAGUAAUCGUAAAGUAACGUCAUCGUUAAGUUUGAUUAUGUUAAAGAUUGUGUUAUAAUAGAAUUAGAGACGAGCAUUAAACGAAUAUAUUAAAAUAACAGAAAUUCUUUAAUUAAAUUGCCUUCAUCUCUGCAGAAUUUUAAUCAGUCGCGAUAUCAAUUCAAGGAUUUUUCCAACGGAUGAUCGUGGGCGUGGUCGAAUUUCGAUCGAUUUGAGAUCAUCGCUCAGAAUCGAUGAAUUCAUCUCCACGCGAACAUCACAUCGUACGCCAGGAUCAGGGAGCUCCUUGGCUUCACCGUAUCCCGGAAGAUCAGCGUCGCCGCGAACCAGGCGAGUUCCUUCCUUGAAAAACGGAUCGAAAAAUCGUGAAACUUUUUUGGACGGACCAAGUCCUGAGCGAUCUAAUUCAUGAGGUGUACGACCGGGCGGUGAGAAAGGAAGAAAAAGGAGCGGGAAAAUUUAGUUUUUUUUUUUACAAAUCAUACGAAUUGGCAAUAAAUAAUUACCGUUGAUGUAGAAUCGACACCUUUUGUAAUCAUUAAUAUUGUUACUAUUAUUACCGAUAUCGCGCGAUUUCACUUUGGCAAAUUCGUUGGCUAAUGGGUUCCGUAUAUCGUGUGGUAUACCUACUACGCGGUAACGAUUCCUCAAGGACUCUCAACGAUUGCUUAUUUUACAAAAUGGUUAUUCAGGUCGUCCGUCAAUGGCCUCUCAAUGAACUCUCGACAACGCGUCUGCAGCUUUUACUUGAGCAAACUUGCGACCACUUUUUUACUUAUAUAUAUAUAUACGGCAUAAGUAUACAAACCUGAUGUAAAUAUAGUUGGGUAACAAUGGUUUGUGAAAAUGUGAAAAAUUUCUAUUACUUUCGGGACUUGAGAACCGGAAACCGUGACGCGUUAUUUUCUCGUUCUUCGUCCGCAUUUUGUCGUCCUUUCGCAAAAUCGAUACGCUUCGGAGCGCAGAUAUA